AUGGGUGAGGCAAAAAAGGACGAUGCGUCUAUGGAGGAUGACACUUGGACGCAAGGCGACAAUAAGGAAUGGUCCAAGCCCAUCAAGCCAUUGCAAGAGAAAUGGAAACUGGUGCCGGCAUUCUUGCAAGUCAAAGGCCUUGUCAAGCAGCACAUUGAUUCCUUCAAUCACUUYAUCAAUGUCGAUAUCAAGAAAAUUGUGCGUGCCAACGAAAUUGUAACCAGUGGCGCAGAUCCGCUCUUCUACUUGAAGUAUUUGGACGUACGCGUGGGCAAGCCGGACAUUGACGAUGGCUUUAACAUAACCAAGGCGACCACGCCGCACGAGUGCCGGCUGCGAGACACCACCUACUCGGCGCCCAUCAGUGUGGACAUUGAGUACACACGUGGCACCCAGCGUAUUAAGCGCAACAAUUUGCUCAUUGGACGCAUGCCUUUAAUGCUCAGAUGCUCGAAUUGUGUGCUCACUGGUAAAUCCGAGUUUGAGCUCUCCAAGCUGAACGAAUGCCCGCUUGAUCCGGGCGGUUAUUUCGUGGUGCGUGGCCAGGAGAAGGUCAUUCUCAUACAGGAGCAGCUCUCUUGGAAUAAAAUGCUGACUGAGGACUUUAAUGGUGUCGUCCAGUGCCAGGUCACCUCGUCGACGCAUGAGAAGAAAUCGCGCACGUUGGUGCUGAGCAAGCAUGGCAAAUACUACCUGAAGCACAACUCAAUGACGGACGACAUACCUAUUGUCGUCAUAUUUAAGGCUCUGGGCGUCGUGUCCGAUCAGGAGAUAAUGGCUCACAUUGGUUUGGACGCACGUUCUCAGAAUCGAUUUGGUGCCUCUCUUUUGGAGGCCUUCAAUCUGAAGAUCUUCACACAGCAGCGCGCCCUGGACUAUAUGGGCUCCAARUUGGUGGUGAAGCGUUUUCAGAGUGCCACGACUAAAACCCCCUCGGAGGAGGCACGCGAGCUGCUGUUGACCACAAUUCUGGCCCAUGUGCCCGUUGACAAUUUCAACUUUCAAAUGAAGGCGAUCUACGUAUCGUUAAUGGUGCGACGCGUGAUGGCCGCAGAGCUGGACAAGACGCUAUUCGAUGAUCGUGACUAUUAUGGCAACAAGCGAUUGGAGUUGGCUGGAUCGCUGAUUUCGCUGAUGUUCGAGGAUCUGUUCAAGCGCAUGAACUGGGAACUGAAGAUGAUAGCGGACAAGAAUAUACCCAAGGUGAAGGCGGCACAGUUCGAUGUGGUGAAGCACAUGAGAGCGGCCCAGAUUACCGCUGGCCUCGARUCUGCCAUCAGCUCUGGGAAUUGGACAAUUAAACGUUUUAAAAUGGAACGCGCUGGCGUUACUCAGGUGCUAUCGCGACUCAGCUACAUCUCGGCGCUGGGCAUGAUGACGCGCGUUAACUCACAGUUUGAGAAGACGCGCAAGGUGUCCGGUCCCCGCUCACUGCARCCCAGUCAAUGGGGCAUGCUGUGUCCCUCCGAUACACCCGAAGGUGAAGCCUGCGGUCUAGUCAAGAAUCUGGCACUAAUGACGCACAUAACGACCGAAGUGGACGAA